AUGCAAUUAAUAGGUCCACCAAUUCUCCGAGAAUGUCGAAUAUCACUACCACUUCCUGCCGGAAAACCACCAAAUCCUACCAAAAAACAGCCUUUAUCAGUCCCACAAAACCCUUGUGCUCAGUUAUUCUUUACCAUAAACCCGGAAACGCCACCAGAAAACCUGGUUAAGCAGCUAAAACAGUCUUGGGAGUAUGAUCCCUUAACCACAUUAAAGCUGAUAUGCUACCUAAGGACUCUCAGAGAAGAGAGAGAUUCCUACAAUGAGGGGUUUUAUGUGGCAGCUUUUUGGCUUCACAAAAACCACCCAUUAACCCUUGCUUGUAAUGUGAGGGAAUUGGCUAGUUUUGGGUCCUUGAGAGAUUUUUCUGAGAUCCUCUGCAGGAUAGUCAAUGAGAGAGAGUCUACAGAGAGUUGUAAGAGAUCAUCUCCACCUUCUUCAUUAAAAGGAGAAAGAGAACAUGACAAGAUGGAGACUGCGAGGAGAGCGGUGUGUAAAUAUGUACAGGAUCCAGCCUACCGCUUCCUCCAUGAACGUGUGUCUGAUCUUUUUGCUGAUCUCUUAAGAUCGGAUCUCGAAACACUCAAGUCUGGAAAUGAUGAGAUACUGAGUUUUGCAGCAAGAGAUUGCCCAUCCAUUGAUUCCUCAUAUGAUAGGCACACACUCUUGUGUGAGAGUAUUGCCAAGAAGGUUUUCCCUCGGGAAUCAGGCCGGGAUUACGAAGGGAUCGAGGAUGUUCAUUAUGUCUACCGGGUCCGUAAUAGACUGAGGAAAGAAAUUCUAGGACCUCUAAGAAUGGCAUUAGAUAUUGAAAAACAAGGAAGACGUGGAGGCGAUAAACAAUUCCAAGAUUGUACCUUGAUCUUCAUGAAGAAGGCUUACCAGAAGAUGUUGAAGAUGAAGGACACUGGAAGCAAGCUGAAAUAUUACAAGAUCAUACAGGCAAUGAUUCUCAAGGCUAAUGGUCAAUCCUUUCUUUCAACUCCUCUCAGUAUCAUAGCUUCUCUAAAGGAAGAGAACAUUGGACAGAAAGAGUUAGAAUGGCAGAAUAUGGUGCAAGCCUUUUCCACUAGAGGGAAACUGAGUAACUCACUUGCUGUAUGUGACAUCUCAGACGAAAUGGAAGAGAGGACAAGAAACGUUUCCAUCUCGAUGGGGUUGUUGAUUUCUGAACUGAGUAGCAGCUCAUGGAAGGGAACUGUUUAUGGUUUCCAGGAAUCUCCCAAGCUUUACAAGAUUGAAGGAGAUGAUCUUCCAUCGAAGUUCAAUUUCAUCAAACAACUGAAAUGUACAAAGAGAGUGAACAUCGAGACUAUUCUUAAUCAAGUACUACAAGUGGGAGUAAAACAGAAACUUAAUAAAGAGAAAAUGGUGCAGAGGGUAUUUGUUUUUACCAAUAAGGACUUCAGAAAAGCAGUUAACAACAGCUGGGGAUGGAAUUACAGAGCUGUUUGGGAGAAUUACCAGAAAUUUGGGUAUGAUCAGGUACCUGAGGUCGUGUUCUGGAACAUCAAGGGCUUCAAUGUUUCUCCUCCCACAAUCAGGGCUGCAUUUUAUAACAGAUUGCUGACAAUCAAUGGUUUCUCGAAGAGCUUGUUUGCUUAUUUCCUGGACAAAGGUGCUGUUUGGAGAUCUGAGGAUAUCAAGUCAGUAACCACAGCAGAGGAUGUAAUGAGAAUAACUCUCUCAGGAAAGGAAUACCAAAAUCUUGCUGUACUUGACUGA